AUGUAAUUAAAAUCAAAGAUUAAAUAAUUAAUUUAUUGUAAGGUAAUUCUCAUAAUAAGUAUAUCAAUAAAUAAAUAAGUGAUUCUAAUAGCAAAAUUAUAUUUUUUAUAUAAUUAUUAAUAAGCAAGCAAGCAAGCAUCCAAGAAACAAAAUCUUAUAGCACAAUAAAUAGCAAACAAAGUUUAUUUCCAAAUAGUAAAAAUGUCAAUUACAGCGUCCAACUGUUAUGAAAUUUCGAAUUCUCCUUUAAAUCUAUCGAAAUCUAAGUAGCUUUAUUCAUUCCCUAAAGAUAAGCGUUUUCGCGAUAACAGUGCUAAAAUGUGUGAUAGUUUUUAUGAUUUACCAAGCACUAAAGACCAUAGAUCAACUUCAUUCGGAUAUGGAAAAAAGUCUGAUUUGAGUGGUUUAUCAGCUAGCCCUGCUCCUAAUAAAUAUAAUAUAACUGGUGAAUUUGAAAAUUCUAAAGAAAAGCAUAGAGGAUAUUCACUCGGUCUUGGUAGAAAUAAUGUAAAUUUUGGAAGUAUGUUUAACCCAAAAUCUGAGGGAAAUAAGCCUGGCCCAGGUACUUAUAAAGUGAACUCUACUCUUUCAAAUAUUAGCUUUUCAAUGAGAGCCAAAACUCCAGGUCAAGAUGAGAAAUUCACAAACAGAAAAGAUUGUCCUGGACCUGGAACAUAUACUAACCCUUUGAGCAUGAGCGCAAAUGGAAAAUAUCCUCAUUCAAGAUAUAAAAAUAGUGGACUUGCAUUUAUUAGCCCAUAAACAGUAGUCAAAGAUUUUAAUUCCUCUGCACACAAAUCAAGCUUACCAGGACCAGGGUAAUAUAAUCCACCAUCAACAAUAACCUAAACUGGUAAAUAAGUUGUCUAUAGAUUUAAAAGCAGCGGUGCAUGCACAUUCCCUCACAGUGGUAGAGAAGAUAUGGGUAAAGCAACAGGAAUACCUGGCCCUGGAUAUUAUAGAUUACCAUCUGAGUUUGGAUAUUAUGAAUCUAAAAAUCCUCAAUAAGAUAAAUCCUACACAUCUCCAUAAAAAAAUGGAAAAGCUUGA